AUGUCUUUCAGCCUCACCAAUGCCCCUGCUUUCUUCAUGCACAUGAUGAAUAAAGUAUUCAUGGACUUCUUGGAUAAAUUCGUGGUGGUCUUCAUUGAUGACAUCCUCAUAUACUCGAAAGGUGAAGAAGAGCACAAGGGACAUCUCAGAGCAGUCUUGCAAAGGCUCUGCGACCAUAAGCUAUAUGCGAAAUUCAGCAAAUGUGAAUUUUGGCUCAAGCAAGUCAGAUUUUUGGGGCAUGUUCUUUCAGCAGAAGGCAUAGCCAUGGAUCCAAGAAAAGUGAAGGACGUGCUUGAUUGGACAGCACCCACGACAGUGUCUGAGAUUCGGAGUUUUCUUGGAUUAGCCGGAUAUUACCGUCGAUUCAUUGAAGGCUUCUCUAAGAUUGCCAAGCCCAUGACAGAAUUCCUCAAGAAGGAUCAAAAGUUUGUAUGGUCUGAGGACUGUGAGAAAAGUUUCAAUGAGUUGAAGACCCGAUUGACGUCAGCACCUGUGUUGACCCUCCCAGACAUCUAUCGCAGCUUUGAUGUAUAUUGUGACCAUCCAGGAGAGGUAUUGGAUGUGUACUCAUGCAAGAUGGCAAGGUUGUAG